AAAAUCAAUGUAUUUCAUGCGUGCAUGUUGCAGUUGCAAGAAGAAGUGGAGCUAAACCGCGAAGAAAAGCUUCGGCCUCCGCGAAUUUGUCCUCCUCUGAAUUCAAAGUCUCAAUCUUUCUUCGUGCCCUGUUCGGCUCUCUCCUUGCCGAACGCAAGAACUCAGAAGAACUUGAGCUAGCAAGACCAUGGGGAAGAGGCCCAGGAGCCAGAAGAAGGAGACGAGGGGCUCUAACAGAAGGGCUUUCGAUGAAGACGCGCCCUCGGAAGAUAUGGAUGACGAAAUAGAUGCCUUUCAUAAGCAAAGGGAUGUUGUGCCGCUGAACAUUCAUAGUGAUGCUGGGGAGUCAGAUGAUGACAAUGAAGAGCCUGUCUUUGAUUUUAAGGAUGACGAUGAUGAAGAGGAGGAUGAAGAUGAUGACACUCAAUUGACCGGGCUUGCUGCAAAAAUUGCAAGACAGCAAAAGUUUUUGCGGGCAAAAAUUGGUGGGGUGGAAGAUGAAAUGCACAACGAGGAGGAAGAAGAUGAAGACAAUAAGGCUGUUUGGGGUAGAAGUAAGAGACAGUACUAUGAUGCCGAUGAGGCAACCUCUAGCGACGAGGAAAUUCCAGCAGAGGAGGAGGCAGAGGUGUUGAGAUUGCAGAGGGAGAAAGCAAAAUCAUUAUCAAUGGAGGACUUUGGGCUUGAAGAUAUUAGCCCAGAUGAGGCCACUGUGGAACCAACUUUAGGGGAAAUUAUGGUUGGAGGAACAGGUAAAUUUGAAUCUGCCAUACGCGAAGGCACUGGAGAUGAUGUUGUAACAGCUUUUGAGGAGGUCAAAAAAGAUUUGAAUGCACUGUCAAAGGAGGAGCAAAUGGAUGUUGUAUAUAGUUCUGCUCCGGAAUUGGUGGGACUGCUGUCUGAGCUGAAUGAUUCACUUGAAGAGCUUGAAAGCAGAAUCAAUCCACUUCUAAGCAAGGUUAAAAAGAGGGAAAGUACAAUGAAAGGAGGAUCACGCUAUUUGGAAGUGAAGCAGACUCUGCUGCUGGCCUACUGCCAAGCAAUUACUUUUUAUCUCCUCCUUAAAUCUGAGGGACAACCAGUUCGUGAUCAUCCUGUUAUAGCUCGCCUUGUGGAGAUCAAAAGCUUAUUGGAGAAGAUGAAACAACUUGAUGAAAACCUUCCUCCUCACCUUGAAGAGAUUCUAAAAGAAAGUACUUCAGAUGAAAUGGCAGAAAAAUUGAUGAAUGAUGAAAAUUUGUUGCAAUCUGAUGAUUCUAGUGAAGAUGACGAGUCCAUUCUUCCGCCUAUAGAUGUUCAAGUUAAAGAGGCAAAAAAUCCUCAUGAACCCAUUCAGAACAAUGAGAAGAAAGGAGAGAAACAUCAACCUCAGAAGGAACAAUUUGGGGUGCAAAGCUUGAAGAUGUUAGAGGUGAGGGCUGCCCUUGAGGAAAAAUUGAGGCACAAGAAUGUUUUUAGUUCAAUUGCUUCAAAAGGGGAGAAAAACCAAAAACAUUCGAAACCAGUAAACGGGCAGCUAGAGACCUAUGCAGAUUUCGACGAUCAUGCUACUGAAGAUGUAGCAUCUCGUCGUGGGUUGAUGAGUGGGCAUGUGGGGUCAUUGGAAUUAACUAAACUCUCCAAUCUUCUGUGGGUUGAAAACAAGAGACAGAAGGUCAUAUUGGGUGAUGAUGAUUUGCCAAAGAGGGAUGAUAUCGGAGAAAGGCGGAGGAAACAUGAGCUUCAAGUAUUGGCUGGAGCUGGCGUUCGGUCAGAUGAUGAUCUCGGUGACGAAGAUGGCAAUCUUGAGGCUAAUGGAGGUGCUGAAUCCGAGGACAGUGAAUCUGAAGAGUCAGCAGAUGAGUUUUAUAAGCAAGUGAAGCAGCAACGAGCUGCAAAACUUGCCGCAAAAGCAGAGAUUUAUUCAAGGGAUCUGGCAAUUCCAUCCUUGCCUGAAACAUUCGAUGGAAAGCGCCAUAUCACUUAUCAGAUGGAGAAAAAUAGAGGACUGACGCGUAAUCGGAAGAAACUAACGAAAAAUCCAAGGAAGAAGUACCGGAGUAAGCAUGAGAAGGCAGUGGUCCGACGAAAAGGGCAAGUUCGGGAGAUCAGAAAGCCUUCCGGACCUUAUGGUGGGGAGGCAUCUGGUAUUAAUGCAGGAAUCAGUCGAAGUGUUAGAUUCAAGAGCUAAAUGCUACUUUGGGUUGAAAUCUGUCGCACGGACCUUGGAUCAACCUGCCAGUGAUUUGGGUGACAUGAGUAUAUAGUCAAGUUUGGAUGACUUAG